UAAACCUCUUUAUACUAGUGCUCGUACUCGUGAUUCACUUUCUUCCUGAUAUAUCUCAACAUUGUAUAUUUCUAGUAUAGCAUGGCAGUAAGGAAGUAUUUAUAUUGCAUUUUGGUUUUUUUGGUUGGCUAAAUGAUGUAGUCCAGUUUUUCUUUCUAGGUCUAAGAUUUUAUUUCUGUUUCUUUUUUUUUUUCUGAAAAGUCUUGGACCAAUUGUCUUCUGCAUUAUAUAGAGCCUAGUGGACCUGCAACAAAUCAAUCAAGCAAAGAAGAGGCUGAUUCCUACUCGAUAUUUGUUGACAAUGUUGAUUAUGCUUGCACCCCUGAAGAGGUUCAACAACAUUUUUAGUCGUGUGGUACUGUUAACAGAGUCACCAUUCUCACUGACAGAAACGGUCAGCCAAAGGGUUUUGCUUAUGUCGAAUUCUUGGAAGUUGAGGCAGUCCAAGAAGCCUUUUGGUUGCAUGAGUCUGAGCUUCAUGGUCGUCCAAUCAAGGUUGCCGCCAAACGAACCAACGUUCCAGGGCUGAAGCAGUUCCAUCCUUUGCGACAUAAUCCCUACCCGAUGUAUUCAUAUAGCAGGCCUCACAUGCCAUCCUGAUGUCGGGUUUGUGGACAAAGAAGCAGUCGCAGUUACCAGUGUGUCUCGGAAGGCAACUUUCUACAAUGGACCAAGCUCUACGGACUUCAUAAAUGUCCAUGACAUUUUUCUUGAAUGUGAUCAUGAUUCAAUCAUAUACCUUGGGAAGUCUGUUGAACCAACAAUAUAUGAUCUUUUGGGUGAUCAAGAGGUUGAAAUCUACUUGUUGAAAAAUGGAAAACCAUCAUGGACGAAGAAGAAGUUUCUUUGCUCCAAAGUCAGGUUGUUGCGUCUUAAGACUGGCUUAAGGUGACAAAAUAUGCUGGAUUGUUCUGUGCUUAGGCCCGUCAAGAAUUAAUUCAAGAUAUGUUUAAGGUCUGGCAAGAUUCUCAGCAAGGAACUCUUAUUGGUGGCAUGAUAAAGGAGCUACUUAUUUCCUUCAAAAAGGCUACUAGAUAAAAGACUCAACGGAUUAUAUUCUACAGCCAUGCAAACAUUCAAAUAACUCAUCUCACAACUAAUACCUUUUGUAUGAUGUACUUAUUCAGAUGGCUCUUCAGGUUUUUCAAAAUCAUAUACAAGUCAUGGAGCUUGUUGAUACUCCAUCACUCAAGGUUUUUGAAGACGUGGUUGUUGAUCGUCAGGUUGCAGGCUUCGAUCCUAGCUUUUGGGUCUGAGGCAUGGAUGAAUGAAAGAGCUGAAGAACUCAAGAAUGAAGUAAGGAGCAUGUUCCAAAACGUGUCGACUGGCAUCCUUCAAACCAUGAAUCUAAUUGAUACAAUUCAACUUCUUGGACUUGAUUACCAUUUCACGGAGGAAAUAGACAGAGCUUUAGACGAUCUCAAGGAUGUUGACAUGAGCAAAUACGGGCUCUAUGAGGUUGCUCUUCAUUUUCGACUGCUUAGACAAAAAGGAUUCAACAUUUCUUCAGAUGUAUUUAAAAAGUACAAGGAUAAUGAGGGAAAAUUUAUGGAAGAACUAAAAGAUGAUGCUAAGGGUCUCCUGAGCUUAUAUAAUGCGGCUUACCUUGGAACUAAAAAAGAGACUAUACUCGACGAAGCCAUUUCUUUUACUAAGGACAACCUUACAUCUUUGUUAAAAGAUCUAAAUCCUACAUUUGCAAAGCUAGUGUCUCUCACUCUCAAGACACCUAUUCAACGAAACACGAAACGACUUUUCACAAGAUGCUAUAUCUCUGUUUACCAAGAUGAACCGACUCGAAAUGAAACAAUACUUGAGCUUGCAAAAUUGGACUUCAACAUACUGCAAUGUCUCCACCAGAAGGAGAUCAAGAAAGCAUGCAUGUGGUGGAAGAAGUUGAAUUUAGACAUUAUGCAUCUAAAUUUUAUUCGAGAACGAGUGGUGGAAUGGUACUUUUGGUCGAUGGUGAUACGUCAUGAACCUAGUUGUUCUCGUGCUCGACUGAUAUCGACUAAGCUACUUAUGUUAAGUACUGUCUUGGACGACAUCUAUGAUAGCUACAGCACACUAGAAGAGAGUCUACUACUUACAGAUGCAAUCCAAAGGUGGAGCCCUGAUGCAGUAGAUCGACUACCAGAGUACAUGAGGGAUUUCUUUCUCAAAAUGUUGAGCAUUUUUCAAGAAUUAGAAAAUGAACUUGCGCCGGCGGAGAAGUUUCGAAUAUUGUACCUCAAGGAACAAUGGAAAAUUCUAGCACAACAUUACAUCACGGAAUGCAAAUGGAGGGAUGACAAUUAUGUGCCCAAGUUAGAAGAGCACAUGCGUGUUUCAAUCAUAAGUGUGGGAUUUAUCUUGUUUUAUUGCGCAUUUUUGAGUGGCAUGGAGGAGGCAGUGGCCACAAAGGAUGCAUUUGAAUGGUUCGCAAGCUUUCCUAAGAUUGUAGAAGCUUGUGCAAUAAUUGUUCGUAUCACUAAUGACAUAGCUUCAAAGGAGCGAGAACAAAAGAGGGCACAUGUUGCCUCAACGGUAGAUUGCUAUAUGAAGGAAUAUGGAACAUCAAAAGAUGUUGCAUGCGAGAAGCUCCUAGGCUUUGUUGAAGAUGCAUGGAAGACUAUCAACGAGGAGCUCCUUAAUGCAACUGGAUUGUCGAGGGAAGUAAUUGAACUAUCACUCCACUCUUCGCGAUCUACCGAAUUGAUAUACAAGCAUGUCGACGCAUUCACAGAGCCUAAUACCACGAUGAAGGAAAAUAUAUUCUCUCUACUUGUUCAUCCUAUCCCUAUUUGAUGACAGUAGUUGCUGCAGAUCAUGUACUAUUUGAUAUCUUAUAUUUUUGUGUGCUUAAGUUAUUAUUACAGAAAUAAAUGGGCGAGAAAUAACUUGUCUUGUUAUUGCUGAAGCCAGAUAAGCAGCUUAUAUGUACAAGUUGUUGUACACAAUGUCAUAAAUUAUGAUAAUAUUAAGUAUGGUAUGCAAUCUUAGAAUUA